GUCUCGGGCACGGCACGCGGGCAGUGCCGCGUGUUCUCUGUGGCCUGGCUUCGGGUCUAGGCGCCUCGUCCUCCGGAGACUAACCCCUUGGCCUUGUUACUUUAUACAAAUAUCGUGUGCCUGAACUAGAUCAAAAUUCCUAACCCGAUUGCUGUCUCUCACUGCUGGGCUGAAUCCCUUUCCUGCAGAGGCUUUGGUGAAAGGCACUUGCCCAACAUGCAACAAUGUGUGUCUGGAAGAGGUGCCUUGCUGUCGUACCUCUCGCUCUCCAGUGUGUGUUUCUUAGGCUCGUGGUCAGUGUUAAGCUUGAAUUGUGUGCAGUCUCCGGGGCUUCUGCGAGUCAGCACGUUGCAAGUCUGACCCUGGCAACAGAGGUGUGCCCCAAAAGGAGAAUAAAUAGCAGUGUGCCCAGGCUGCUUUUCUGUGUCAGACUUUCACAUGGAUGUGAUUUAGAACGUCUUAGCGUGACGAGUUUCCACUGGGUUUCUCUUUUUGGUGCUGCGUGGGAAGUGAAGGCCCCCUCCUUCAGCUGCCCGUGCCCAGGCUGAACGCACGGUCUGUCCCGGACCCUCUGUGGGCAGUGUUGUUGCCACCUUUGCUGCGUGACUGGGAGCAGCGUGUCUGUAUCCGGGGACCCUUUGGUCUGUUCUGCCCAGGCUCGGGGAAGCCGGAGGAGCCCCGCGUAGUCCAGCAUUGUCUGCAUUCAAGCUUUUGAUCGAUUGCCGGGUGCUGUAUGCACUUUUUUUUUUUUUUUCCUCUUUCGGUGUUUCAGAAGAAGAAAGAACGAAGCAGAGACCGUCCAGGGGUGCGUGUCGAUCACGCCAUGAGCCAGGAUCUGAUUUGCGACACAGGCUCUGAUUUGGCAGCCCGCUUUGCUGUACGGGCAGUCGAUUGAUGUGGACGGGCUCACUGGCAUGCCGGGGGAGUUUGCUGGAUCGCGAUCGCAUGUGGAUGUUCGGCAGGGAAAUAGUCUCACUGUUGAUACGUCUGCCACUUGUGUGGGAUUUGAAUUCCAUGUUAUUUUCUUGGACCAGAUCAGUUUUUCCUUUCUAGCUUUCCCAUAUUGCAAAGCUGAGGUUCUUCCCUUCGGAACGGCUUCCGCCACCCGGAGGAUGUGUGCUGAGAGGUGUGCGGGAGCAGGAGAAAGCUGCCUUUCCUCUGGAAAUGCCACCUCUGCCUUUCAGCGUGUGUUUGGAGGGCAGAUCAGUUUUGGCGACCCAGAUGGGACUUCGUGGGCAUUGCUGAGGCGGCCCGCAUCGAUCUCGCUCCAGCCGGCACCGAGUGAUUCUCGGGGAGCUCCAUCGACUGCAGCCGACCUCCGCUGCCCCCGACGGACCUGGGCUAUUGGUAAGACACGGUGCUUUAUCGGGAAUGGUACCAACUUUGUCGGGUCAUCUGCCUAAUUGGGAAUAGUGCUAAAUUUUCCUACGGGUCCUGUGCCCAAAUCGGAAAGGUACCAUAUUUUCUGAAUCUGUCUGGUAAAAGCCUGCCUGUUAGACGCGGCGAAAGCUACGCUUGGUUGGGCUAGGGAGCUCCGGAGGAAAGCCUAGGCGCCGUCCGUAAGACAGCAGCGAAAGCUCUGCAGGUUCGGCAUCAGUGAUCUGUUCUGCAUUCUCAGUAUUAGUGAUCUGUUCUGUAUUUUUCAGUAAUCUGUAUUAUUUGUUACCCGUAUCAUUCCUACUCUGUAUUAUUUGUUUUGCAGGUUCGGCAACAGUGUUCUGAUCUUGUAUUUUUCAGUAAUCUGUAUUAUUUGUUACGUGGAAGUUCGUUUAGUUUGUUGUUUGGUACUGGUCUGGAUUGUUAUAAAAUGCCACCGAUACCUAAGUCAUCACCGUUAGGGUGUAUUCUGAUGCAUUGGAAAGAGGGGCAGUUUGGGCAAGAAAUGCGGAAAAGGAAAUUGGUUGAGUAUUGUAAUGUAUGGUGGACACAGUAUGAUUUAGAGGGUCAGGUUCGUUGGCCUGAGAAUGGAACUUUAGACUAUAGUACCAUCCUACAAUUGAUGCAGUUUUGUAGGCAUGAGGGCAAAUGGGAUGAGAUACCAUAUGUAGAACUGUUCCUUAUUUUGAGAGGGAAAGAGGAGUGGAAGAAGGCGUGUGGGAUAAUGGUCGUUAGUACAAAAUCGGAUGAGCAAUGUAAGGGAUGUGUGACUGAGAAGAAAUGUAUGAAAUGUCUCGCAGUGGAAAAUGUUUUGCAGCAUAAGGAGGAUGAUGAUUUUGAUUCAUUAGUGGCUCCGUCGGCCCCACUAGCCCCCAGAGAUACUGGAGUAGAAGGUGAUGGGGAGGAUGAGGUAGAAAUAGAAGAACAGGAGUAUUCCACUACCCCAGUAUCCCACCGAACACGGCAACGGGAUAUUCAAGUUAAACAGCAGGCACCCAGUGCUAUAUUAGCACCGCUUCGGCAGGGGGUUGGGCCAGAAGGACCCGUGUAUGUUAAAGUACCUUUCACUCCAGGAGAUCUGAUGCUCUGGAAACAGUCUGCUGGAACUUAUCGGGAGAACCCGAGUAAAGUGGCACGAGUUGUAAAGAUGAUUCUGAAAACCCAAAAUCCUGAUUGGGAUGAUAUACAGGUAUUACUAGAUACUUUAAUGGACUCCACAGAGAAGGAAAUGGUGUUGAGAACUGCCCGUGAGCGAGUUAGAGAAGACAUUAGGCAGGGGAUUGUCACAGGGACAGUUGAUCAGAAUUUUCCAACUGAAGAUCCCAUGUGGGAUUAUAAUACCGCGAGAGGAAUGGGAAAUCUGAGGAGAUACCAGGAAUGGAUAGUUGUUGGAGUACAAAAUGCUAUGCCAAAAACAAUUAAUUGGUCGAAACUGUAUAAUGUCAGGCAAGAGAAAACAGAAUCCCCGUCUGCGUUUUUGGAGCGGCUUAAAGAGGUGGCGAGGAAAUACACAGAUUUAGACGUAGAAACAGAGCAAGCUAAGGUGCAGCUGGCCCUGAUUUUCUUAGGGCAGUCGCAGGAUGAUAUUAGGAAGAAACUGCAAAAACUGGAGGGCGCGGAGCUGCGUAAUCUGGAUAGGCUAUUAGAGACUGCUUGGAAAGUAUACAAUAACCGCGAAAGGGAGAGUUCUCAAAGGCAACAGCGACAUCUACUGGCGGUGAUGCAGGGCAGAGGCCAGCACAACCCUGCAGGUCGAG